GAGUGUUGCGUAUUAUUUUCAUUUUACUGGGCUAUUUAAGAGGCGAUGGAACGGCCGUAUCGCAGCACAAGUCGUUUGAAGAGGCUUGAGCAAAGACGCCGAGAUGGGCAAACUGCAGUCAUCUCUCCUUGUUUUGUCGGCGCUAUUGUGCCUGACUUUGGGAUGGGAACCGGGCACUCAGUAUGAGUACAAGUAUGCUGGACGUUCAGCAGCUGGCAUGUAUCAUCUCAAACAACAGUACGCUGUGAUUGAACUGCAAAGCCGCGUUAUCGUCCAGAGUAUCGAUGAGAACACCAUUGUCAUCAAGUUAACCGAUGGACGCAUCAAACGUAACGGAAACUUCGUGAAGAACCCCUACUUCCAGGGUGAAAUCAGUGACAGUGGUUAUUACGUAAUCCAACCUGCUCACCCUGAAGAGAUUGAAGGUGAGGAGGACCAGUUCGUCAACGAUGAACACUUUGGAGCUCCGUUCGUCGUCACCCAUAACAAGGGAUCGUUCACCGGAAUCGAAAUCAAUGCCGAAGAACCUCUGUGGGUUGUCAACUACAAGAAGAGCAUCGCCAGCCAGUUGCAACUCGACAUCACCGGUGUCCGUCGUGAUGGCAUUUUCAACUAUGAAUCCGUCCCCGCAGAGGAAGAAACCAAAUCUUUCACUGUCUUCGAGGAUUCCAUUAGCGGUGACUGCAGUACUACCAUCUCUGUUACCCGGCUGCCCCUCUCCCAAGUCUACAUCACUGAUGCUUUCAAGUUGGGCUCUUUCGAAGCCAUCUGCAAGGAUAAGCCCGUCUACAAGAUUGUCAAGUCCAAGGACUACAACCGCUGCCAGCACAACCCUGUCUGGUCAACUGCCAAUCCCGCUACCCACAGCUGCGAUUUUGGCAAGACUGAUUGCGGUAACUUCAUGAAGCGUUCCACAGUCUACAAAUACAUCGCUUGUGGAGAAUCUUUCCCCAAGCUCACUUUUGUCCACGCCAGUGGCUUCAGUGAUUUGGAGGUCCAGCCCUUCGCCACUGAAACAAAUGAGUUGACCAACUCUGUCAUCAUUGACUGGUCUUUGGAGAAGAUGGAGAGCGUCAGCUCACGUUUCGCCAGCCCGUCGUCACCUAAGGAACACAAGACCUUGUCCUACGUCUUCGGUGACUUCCACCAAGUGAAUCACGAUGGAACCCCCGCUCAGCCCAACUUGGUCGAUGCUUACAUCAACAGCCCUCUUCCCGUUUCUGCUCUGCACAAGAACAUCAUUGCUGCCCUGCGCACCGUUGCCAAGGACCUGAAGGAGACCCCCGAUUCCGAGAAGGACAACCUAGAGCGUUUGGCCAUCAUUGGUCGCGUUCUGCCCAUGUUCUCUCUGGACGAGCUGAAAUCCUUGUGGCAAGAAGUUAAGACCUUGGAUUACCCCACCAUGACUUUGUUUGUCGACUGCGUUGUCCAGUCAGGCAGCAACCCUGCUGUUAUGUUGAUCAAGGAAUUGGUCGAAACCGAGCAAAUCACUGGUGCUAAGGCAACAUGGGCUUUGGCCGCUCUCGGCUACUUUGCAAAGACCCCGACUCGUCAGCUCCUCCAUGAAUUCAUCAAUCUGCUGAAAUCUCGCCCGGUUCAGGCCAGUACUGAAAUGAAGCAGACUACUUUGGCUGCUAUCGCCGAUUUGUUGAAUUCCGUCUGUGGCUCCCGCUUCUUGGCCGCCAAGAAAUACCCCGUCUCCGUCAUGGGUGAUUUCUGCGACCACAAAGACCCCGUCGUCAUCGAUGAAUUCUUGCCUUGGCUCGUUAGAGAACUCGAGUCUAGCCAAAGCACCACCGAUCGUAUUGUUACUUUGGCUGCUUUCGGUUCUUUGGGUGUCGAUGAAAUCGUCCCCAUUUUGCUGCCCAUCAUCCGCGGAACUCCCGGUAAGUUCGAUGACACCGCUGAGCGUGUUCGCGCCAUCCUCUCCCUCCAUCGUGUUGCUUUCGUCGUCCCAGAAAAGAUCCAUCCCAUCUUGGUUAACCUGGCCAGCAACACCGCCGAACGUGCUGAAGUGCGCAUGGCUGCUAUGAGUCUUUUGUUCAUGUCCAAUGCUCCUCAGUCUAUUUGGCAGAAAUUCGCUUCCAGCACUUGGUUUGAACCCAACCGCCAAGUUGCCGCAUUCACCCGCAGCCUGAUUGGAUCCAUAACCAACAUGCCUCCAUCCGUUCCUUACUUGGAGGAGCUGAUCAAGAAAGCUAACGUCGCCUGGCCCAUGGUAAAGCCUGCUCCUUUCGGUCUUCCUUACUCCUUCGCCGAUAUCCGUUCUUCCCACAUGGAAGAAGGUGUCGCCGUUAUGAUGUACACUCCCAACUUCCGCAUCGCCGAUGAGCGCUGGCCCGUCUUCUUGGCUAACCGUUUUUACUACCAACUCGGCCCCUUCUCCGCUGAAGCCGGCAGUGUUUACCUGUGGAACUACAACAUGUCCGAAGUUUGGCAAAACAUUUUCGGCAAACUUUUCGGCCGCCUCACCAACAAGUAUGAAACCAUGUCUUCCCGCAAGGCUGGUGAAAAAGUUGAAAACCUGAGAGGAAUCUGGGAAGAGUUGAACGCCACUCCUCGCCCGGCUGACAAGCGCGCUGGACUCUUGCACAUCAACUUGAUAGGCUCAGUCAACCGUUUCUUCAACUUGGAAAAGCUCGAAGAGUCCAUUCCCUCUCUGAUUAGCGAGGCCAUGAAGUACCAAAACAAACCGUACGAAGUGAGCGUCACCAAGUACCGCAUGUUGGCUGAAUACAAUGCCCGCUUCCCCACUGAAUUGGGUCUGCCCAUGCGCUUCCUCGCUACUCUCCCCAUUCUCGUUUCUAUGCAAGGAAACAUGAAGGGGGACGGUAAGGGUGGCAUCAAGUCUGAUGUCAGUGCUGAACUGAGCUGGAAGUUGAGUUCCGAGAUCCGCGUUGAAAUCCCCUUCAACGGUAAUUACAUCGCUUCCGGUGUGGACGUCCGCGUUGAUUCCCGUGCCCCCAAGGAGCUGAACUUCAACUACAAUCUUAAUAACCACCAGAUCAAGGUUACCUGGACUCCUGGCAAUAAAGUCACCGAUCUCCUCUACUACCACGUCAAGCCUUACACUGUCACUCGCAAUGUGGCUGAUAGUGUUAAACCGACUCUCGAGGAUCAAGCCACUAACCUCAUCAGCGUUACUAACAAACCAAUCAAGCGUGAAUUCCCCCUGGGUGAUCGCUUCGGCGUCAACGUCAAGCUAAUGGAACACAGCGAAUUCGACUUUUCCUACAAGAUGACUUUCUUCCAGGUUUUCCAGAAAUGGGACAUCAACGGUUUCUCAAACCUUGGAUUCGUUCCGCUUGAAAUCCGUAACAGCAAGUACGUUUUGCGUUACGAACCAUCCGGCACUCGCGCCCGCUCUGUUUCUACCUACUUCCAGUACCAAUACGCCACCAAAACUUCCCAGCACUCCGUCGUUUACGAGUCAGGAUCACCCCAAUCCAGGGUUCCAUCAGAGCCCGAGGUAAUCUCCACCAGCACUAUUGCUCCUGAAUUCCGCCCCGUUCUCGGACGUCUCUUCAAGAACCUAGAAAGCGGUAACGCUCACUUAAUGAAAACCGGACUCGUUGCCGAGCAGAAGGAUGGAACUUUCAUUUUCUUCAACGCCACCGUUGGUUUAUCUAAGAAUGCUUGGUUCACCAAAGACUUUACCGAUAUCCAAAUUGAAAAGUACACCACUUCCGACCCCAGCGCUCGUGCCAACAAGAAGGUCGACUUUGCCGUCUGCCAUACUGCCACUCGCAACUGGAACAAACCUCCCACUUACGGAUUCAGCAAGGAUGUUCUUUAUCUAACUGAAGAGGAUCAGAUUGCCUUCGGAGAGCAAUGUGAUCAGUCCAAGAUCUAUUUCAAGGCUAAGGUCUACCGCGACGACUAUGCCGCCAAGGCUGCCAUGUACAGCCCUGCUGGCCAACAGUGCCAGAAGGAUUUGGCCUCCGGAUUCAUGUACGGAAGUCCCGCUUGUACUAAGGCCCGUCGCAUGGAUCAAACUUACAACAACUACGAACUAAGCGCCGAAUCCGAUAACUUGUCGGAGACUGCUAGCUACUGGUUGAACGCUGCCCGCCAAUGGGUCAACUACAGACUGUAUCCUUUCACCGUGAAACACAUCCGGGGACAGUCCAACGCUGCCAACCAUGCCACCUGGACCAUCAAACGUGAUCCCUACACUGGAGCCAGCAAUAUGACAUUCGUCCGUCCCACCGAAACUAUUGUUGCCGUCAAUGUCCGCCGUGGAGAUGAAACUGUUAACCAAUGGGCUCGUUUCUCACCGCUGACCUUUGCUUACUCGAAGGUCUUCUACCCUCUGAGCGCCAGAAGCAACUUCAUCCGUGACGCUGCCAGCUUGACUACAGGAGGUGUUACCGAAGCUAGAUGCUAUGUUGGCUCCAAUGCCGUUUACACUUAUGAUGGUGUUCAUUACAACUACACUGUUAGCGAAUGCCCCCAUGUCUUGAUGACUGAUUGCCACAAGCAAUCCGAAAUCGCCGUUACUGCCCACCAGGGUCGUCAAGGACAAAAGAUUGUCACUGUCAUCUAUGGCAAGGACACCGUCGAGCUCGACCCUACCGGUUACGUCACCAUCAAUGGAGACAAGAAGGAAUUCAAGAACUUGGACAAGGAGAGCCGCUUCGAAAUCCGUGAGGAAGGAGCCAAGGAAAUCAAGGCUGUUGUCUACCCCCAUCCCGACAGCCUAAUCAUGGAGAUCAAAAACAUGCACCUCUUCAUCAAAGUCCAAGGAUCCCACGUCGAGUUGACCGCUCCUCAGUAUCUGCGUGGCAGGACUUGCGGGGUCUGUGGUGAUUUCAAUCAAGAAGUUGCCGGUGAAUUCAAGACUCCCCAACGUUGCGCCGUUUCUGAAGGCGAACUUAUGGCCGCAAGCUUCAAGCUGAGCUCUUCCAAGGGCUGCUCUUAUUCAAACACGGAUGAUAAGAUUUCUCGCCGUCUUAAGAAGGAGACCGAGACAUGCCAGUCGAUCGACCAACAAUAUCACACUCACCUGCCCGAGUACGACACCAAUGCCCCUACCAAAUGCACCCGCUUUAAGAAACUCACCCUCGAGGGUGUCUCAACCAAGGGCCAGUGCGAGUCUGUUGAACUGAAUGCUAUCUGCCAACCUGGCUGCAAGCCCUUUAUGAUGAUCAGCAAACCCUUCACCUUCAAGUGUCAAGGAGAUUUGCAGGACUUUGUCAGCUCAAUCACCGUUCCAAGCUAUUGUAUCGCUGCCUAAACAGUUGUUAUUUGCUUAGCUUGGAUAUACGAUGUGAAAUUUUGUGUUUUAUUCGAUUUUUUCUCGGCUGUCUACGCUCAAAUUCGUUUGAAACUGUCGAAUUUUAUUCUUGUCAAACAUCUCUCUUGCACGUGGUUAAUUCGGGUUAAUUCGUAUAACUAGGAUUAUGAAGAAAAUAUAUAAGUAGCGGGUAUUACAUUAUUAAAAUAAACGUCUGGUCUUACAAA